AUGAGUGCAUCUAUUGAUGCUGCCGAUCUAUUCAACGUCAAUGGUCUGGUCGCCGUCAUAACUGGUGGCGGAAGUGGAAUUGGACUCGUGAUGGCAAAGGCACUAGAAGCCAACGGAGCAUCAAAGGUAUACAUUAUCGGGCGGCGUCUAGUCGCUCUUGAACACGCAUCAAAGCAGUCGAAAUUUGGCAACAUUAUACCAAUCCAAGGGGAUGUAACAUCGAAAGAUGACCUACAACGCAUCGUCGCGCAAGUGGAUGCCGAAGAAGGUCACAUUGACCUUCUCAUUGCAAAUGCCGGAGUCAGCGGCCCUGAUCUCAAAGGACUAGCGACAUCUCCAUCACUCAAUGAACUACAAGAUAAACUCUGGUCGCCUAGUGUCGAGGCCUUUGCCAGCACCUAUACUGUGAACACAGCCGCCACGUUUUUCACGAUCGUCGCGUUUCUGCAAUUGCUCGAUAAAGGAAACAAGAAACGCCACAGGGCAGCACAGCGAAGCCAGGUUUUGGCUACGAGCUCAAUUUCUGGAUUCAACAGGAACGUUCCAGGCGGAUUUGCAUACGGUGGGAGUAAAACUGCCACGACGCAGAUGAUGAAACAAUUUGCAACCCUACUGGCGCCGUUUAAUAUUCGAAGUAAUAUCAUCGCACCAGGAAUAUUUCCGUCUGAAAUGACAACAGCGAACUUCGCAGACAAAUCAGAGGAACCAACCCAGGUUUUUCCAACUUCAGUUAUACCUGAGCAGAGAAUGGGAGACGAGCAGGACUUGAGUGGUGCAAUUUUGUUUUUAGCAUCAAGGGCUGGGGCAUAUUGUAAUGGAAAUGUGCUCGUGAUUGAUGGCGGCAGACUCAGCGUCACGCCCGCCUCUUAUUAG